UUUAUUUUUUAUUGAUUAAAAUUAGACCGUGUCUUCUGGUAUUAUUCCUAAGCUAAUAAAUCAAUCAACGAACAAAAAAAAUGACUAACCAACAGCCAAUUAAAUAGACAGACGAAAGAGAGAGAGUUGAGAGAGAGACAGAGAGACAGAAACUGGAAAGCAAGAAGCAUAGUUUUUGAUCCAAAGAGAUCUUUCUUUCUUUCACCUUCCUCCUUCCUCCGUCGUCUUCCGAAAUUCAAUUCAUUUUUCAAUACAUGUAUUAAUAUUUUCAUUUAUUUUUAUUUCUUCCUCUAAAAGCAAAAAAAAAAAAAUGUCAAUCAACAUGAAAACCCUAACUCAAGCCCUCGCCAAAACCGCUGCGGUCAUCGAGAAAACCGUCCAAACUACCGUUCAGGAGGUUACUGGACCCAAAGCUCUUCAGGACUAUGAGCUCCUUGACCAGAUCGGCUCCGCAGGACCAGGGCUUGCCUGGAAGUUGUACUCGGCCAAGGCGCGUGACGGAACGCGUCCCCAGCAGUAUCCCACGGUUUGCGUUUGGGUUCUGGACAAGAAAGUGCUCUCGGAGGCACGGGCGCGUGCGGGCCUUUCCAAGGUGGCGGAGGAUUCUUUCUUCGAUUUGAUACGAUCGGAUGCGGCCAGGCUGGUGAGGCUGAGGCAUCCAGGAGUGGUCCACGUGGUCCAGGCAUUAGAUGAAAAUAAGAACGCGAUGGCGAUGGUUACCGAGCCAUUGUUUGCGUCGGUGGCUAAUGCGCUUGGGAAUGUUGAGAAUGUUGCCAAGGUUCCUAAGGGCCUCGUAGGGAUGGAAAUGAGUUUGUUGGAGGUGAAGCAUGGUUUGCUUCAGAUUGCAGAAUCCUUGGAUUUUCUUCAUAACAAUGCACGCCUUAUUCAUCUGGCUAUAUCACCUGAGAAUGUCUUGAUUACAUCAAGUGGAGCUUGGAAGCUUGGUGGGUUUGGUUUUGCUAUCUCGACAGAUCAGGUCUCUAGUGAUUUGGCUAAUGUGCAGGCCUUCCAUUAUUCUGAAUAUGAUAUUGAAGAUUCUGUCAUACCUCUUCAGCCAUCAUUGAAUUACACUGCACCUGAAUUGAUUCGUAGUGAAGCAUCUUCAGCUGGAUGUUCUUCUGACAUUUUCAGUUUUGGAUGUCUUGCCUACCAUUUAAUUGCUCGGAAGCCUUUGUUCAACUGCCACAACAAUGUCAAGAUGUAUAUGAAUACAUUGACAUACUUAUCCAAUGAAGCCUUCUCCUCUAUCCCACCAGAAUUAAUCCAUGACUUACAGAAGAUGCUCUCUGCAAAUGAAUCUAUCCGGCCAUCAGCACUGGAUUUUACUGGUUCUCCAUUUUUCAGGGAUGAUACUAGGUUGCGUGCUCUUCGCUUCCUCGACCACAUGCUUGAAAGAGAUAACAUGCAGAAGUCUGAGUUUUUAAAAGCUUUAUCUGAUAUGUGGAAAGAUUUUGACUCCCGUGUGCUGCGAUAUAAGGUACUUCCGCCUCUUUGUGCAGAACUAAGGAAUUUGGUUAUGCAGCCAAUGAUUCUCCCUAUGGUUCUCACAAUUGCACAGUCACAGGAUAAAAAUGAUUUUGAGUUAGUUACGGUGCCAGCUCUUAUGCCUGUCCUGAGCACUGCUGCAGGAGAGACCUUGUUGUUGUUGGUUAAGCACGCAGAGCUUAUUAUCAACAAGACAAAUUUGGAGCACAUAGUAUCCCAUGUAUUGCCCAUGCUUGUUCGAGCUUAUGAUGACAAUGAUCCUCGCAUACAAGAGGAAGUUUUGAGAAAAUCUGUAUUCCUUGCCAAGCAACUUGAUGUGCAGCUUGUGAAACAAACCAUUCUACCUCGCGUUCAUGGCUUAGCUCUCAAAACAACAGUUGCUGCGGUCAGAGUCAAUGCUUUGCUAUGCUUAGGAGAAUUUGUUCACACUCUUGAUAAACAUGCUGUACUGGAUGUCUUGCAAACCAUUCAACGUUGUACAGCUGUUGACCGUUCUGCUCCCACUCUUAUGUGUACCCUAGGGGUUUCAAACUCAAUUCUCAAGCAGUAUGGAGUUGAAUUCGCUGCAGAGCAUGUCCUCCCUCUCCUCACACCUCUUCUCACUGCCCAACAAUUGAAUGUUCAGCAGUUUGCCAAAUAUAUGUUCUUUGUCAAAGACGUUCUCAGAAAGAUAGAAGAAAACCGGGGGGUUACUUUAACUGAUUCUGGAAUCCCAGAGGUAAAAUAUGCUACUACUGCCAAUGGGCUUCGGUCUGAAGCCUUGAGCAAAGCAAGUGGUACUUCGGCUUCAGCAAAGAGCAGCCCAGCAUGGGAUGAAGACUGGGGCCCUACUACUACCAGAGGAGCUGCCAAUGCCAGUGCCACUGCCCACCAGCCUCCAAAAAACAAUUUAUCCUCUCACUCUAUUUUGGGUGAUAAAUCAAUUCUAUCAGCAUCCAGACAAUCACAGUCCUCCAUGAUAUCUACUGCAUCUAGCCAGCAAACAUCUGUAUCUUGCGCUGUGGUUGAGAUCGAGUGGCCUCCUCGUGCAUCUUCAGGAAUAACUGCAGAGUCAGGCCAUGGCGAAAAACAAUUAAAUGUUGGAACAUCAUUGCCAUCAAAUUUUGAUGAUUUAGAUCCUUUUGCAAACUGGCCUCUGAGGUCUAGUGCCUCCUUAAAUGAUUCUGGGACUGUCAACAAUGGUACCAUGCGACCAGCCACAAACAAUUAUGGAUCCAGUUCCAUCACAAUUACCCCAAGCAACAUGAACUACCAAACAGAUAACAGCAACAGUUGGGCCUUCAGCAACCAAAACUCUGGGGAGCUACUAAGACCUUAUCAUGGGAGUUCAACUUCGAAUACAAGUAUUUUGAACAGUGGGGGUGUCCAGAACUCUAUUGGAUUCUUGAAACAGAACCAGGGGAUUUCAGCUUCGAUGGGUUCUUCGUACAAUAAUCAGAAAUUAGCAGAUCUUGGGUCUAUUUUUGGUUCUAGCAAGAAUGAGCAGACUGCCCCAAAACUUGCACCACCACCCUCAACAGCUGUGGGUAGAGGAAGAGGCCGAGGAAGGGGAGCAAAUUCUGCCUCAAGGGCUACUCAUGCUAGACCAACAUCCGAACAGCCACCUCUUUUUGAUUUACUUUGAUAGGUGGGGGUUGCUUUUAUUAGAGGAAGAUAAAGAUGAGAAUUUUUGGAUGUGGCUUCAUAGAGUUGCCAUACCACGUACAGAACUUUGCCAGAUUCUGCUGAAAGCUGUUGGCCCUGGAAGUAAAUUUAUUUUUCUAGGGUUGACGGUCAUCUGUCUAUUGUGGAUGGCGUUGUUUGUUAGAUCAUAGCUUUAUUAUGGGCUUGUUUGUAGCCUAUGUAAUAGACAUCCAUGUAACAGGGUACGUGUUUUUAUGUUAUAAAAUUUUGUGUUGUCUCUCGACUUUUUUGAAGUAUCUGCAGCUGCAUAUUGUAAUUGUUGAGACAUUUCACUGAUUUGAUUGUGAAUUAAUUAAUAAAGGAGGUUGGAAUAUUUGAGUCACUAACUAUUGAAGGUUCGGAGACCUUAAUUUUGGUUAUCAGGGGGGAAUACUUUGGGCUUUGCAAAAUAACGAACUGGGAUUGGUCAUAAUUAGGA